AGAGUUUUGUGACUUUUGUCAGUAUUGAAAAAGGCUUUCCUUUUUGUGAAUGAGAUCAUUUACUCUCUCUGAUAACUUGCCGCGCAAUCCCUCUCAACUCCAUCACCACCACAAUCAAACCCUUCUCCUCCUCCUUCUCCUUCCUUCUCUCUGUUCUCAAUCUUCUCUAACUCUGGAAAGGUUUCCAAGACUUCAUUCAUGGCAAUGAAAUCUUACACAUACCAGGCAGAGCUACUACUUCGGGACUACUUGCUAGCAGAUCCAUGUGUUAUAUACACUUCUGUUCUUUGUGGAAUAGUCAUGUGUAAGAUGGCAUAUGAUCUUACACAGUUAAUCAGCUCAUUAUAUUUUAAAGCAUACACUUCCCUCACAAAAGUUCAACGCAUCGAGUGGAGCAACCGGGGAAUGUCCACUGCUCAUGCUGUUUUUAUCACAAUUAUGUCAUCAUACCUAGUUUUUUUCUCGGACCUAUAUUCUGACCGCCUUGAUGGAUUUGUGACAUUUCGAAGUUCAAAUCUCUCUAUUUUUGCAUUGGGGGUUUCUGCUGGAUACUUCAUUUGCGACCUCGCAAUGAUACUGUGGCUAUACCCUUCUCUUGGUGGAAUGGAGUAUAUUAUCCAUCAUUUGCUCUCUUUGAUUGCGGUUUCAUAUGCCAUGUUAUCUGGAGAAGGCCAGCUAUACACAUUCAUGGUUCUUCUCUCUGAGACAACCACUCCAGGCAUUAAUCUUCGAUGGUUUUUGGAUAACGCUGGUAUGAAACGGUCAAAAGCUUAUCUUAUUAAUGGUAUCGGAAUGUUUGCUGCAUGGCUGGUUGCAAGAAUUCUUCUGUUCGUUUACUUGUUUUACCAUGUAUACUUGCACCAUGAUCAUAUCAAGAAAAUGCAAACAUUCGGUUACAUCCUUGUUUUCAUUGUACCGUUGGUGCUGGGCAUCAUGAACACAAUGUGGUUCGCGAAGAUUUUGAAAGGACUUAGGAAAACAUUGGCUAAGAGACAAUGAAAGAACCAUCGACGAAAAACAUGAAUCUCUUCUUUACUUGAACCCUUUGGCCUUGUCGUUUGCCGAUAUAUGGGUUGAUUAGUUCCUUCCAUGUUUACUGUACAAAGUGACUGGUAUAUUAUAUUAUUACGAUGAAUUGUAGGAAAAAGUUAGUUGUUCAAAAACAUGAGAAAAUUGGAAUGGUAAUGUUAAUGUUAUUAUCAUCAUCAUCAUCA